CCUCUCCCCCAGACAAUACUGGCUUUUCUCCCCUUUGCUCCUUUGGGAAUCCAAUCUUAGCAUUGUUGUUUGUUGCUUGGAUUCGAAAAAAAAAAAGAUUGAAUGAUCAGAUCUCUUUCUAUCCAGUGCUCUUUCUACGCUUUUAUUAUUUUCCCACUAUUAUCGAAAUAAACCUUUCCCGAUUUAGACAUUACCGCAUCCGUUAGUCGCAUUACAUGCCGGUGAGCUUGGACUGGAUUGCCAAGACCAGCACCGUACAUCCUUAGGUACAGCCAAAGCCCAGAAAGAAAAAAAAAUAAAAAUUUACCAUAGUUGUUCCGACCCCUCCGAAGCUCUUCCGUUUCGUCACGUGCGUCUCUGUUAUCACGUGAAAGACAUAUACCCCUUACCCCUUACCCCUUACCCCUUAUUUGAAUUGUAUUUGAAAGAUUGAGGUCAAAGCCAUGUCGGCAGCAUCCGAGAGCAACCCGAUCCAAUCGGGCGGUGAAAGCUCGGCCUCCAACGGCACCACGCCAGCACCGUCGACGGCUACAACCGCAACUUCGCAGUCUAGCGCCCCGGCCCAGGAUGACUCCCUUCAAUGCCGCUGGACUGGUUGUAGCGAGAAGUUUGGCUCGGCCGAAACUCUCUACGAGCACAUUUGCGAGAAGCAUGUUGGCCGCAAAUCCACAAACAAUCUUAACUUGACUUGCCAGUGGAAUCAGUGCAAGACUACCACCGUCAAGCGAGAUCAUAUCACAUCACAUAUCCGAGUGCACGUCCCCUUGAAGCCGCACAAAUGUGACUUCUGUGGCAAGUCAUUCAAGCGCCCCCAAGAUUUAAAGAAGCAUGUUAAGACGCAUGCGGAUGACUCUGUCCUUAUCCGCUCGCCAGACCAGCAUGGCUCAAUGAACGGAGGUUAUCGGGCUUCAGGAAAAGCUCCGUCUAGCUAUUACGAUCACAAUGGUCAAAUCCGUACUAACUCGGCCGCCUUUGGUCAGCCGUCUCAUCCCGGCGGCCACCCAAGUAGUUACUAUCAGCACCACCCUCAAACCUCCUUUGGAGGGCCCAUGUACUAUCAACCCAUGGGCGGUCGGGGUGAUCACAUGGGCUACCAGGCCUCCGCCGCUGAAUAUGACAAUCGCAAACGUACCUACGAUGUGCUUAACGAGUUCUUCGGCGAUGCCAAGCGUAGGCACCUUGACCCGAAUUCGUACGCUCAGGUCGGACAGAGACUCUUGCCCUUGCACGGAGUCCUCCCUAUUCACUCCGGCUCCCUCGGAGCAGAGUAUCUCCCAAGUCCGGGUGUCAUGGCUGUCGAUGGACCCGCCGGCCAUGGUCCGUACCAACAGCACUAUUCGUUACCCCCUAUGCCGAACGUCCGCACUAAGAGCGACCUCGUCCAAAUCGACCAGCUUCUCGAGCAGAUGCAGAGCACUGUAUAUGAAAGCUCUAACACUGCUGCUGCUGCUGGAGUCCACCAGCCUGGCUCGCACUACCUACCCUUGAACUUCCGUCACAGCCAGUCCCCACCGCACUCUGCAGCGCCGCACCAGUCCGCUAUGGCCAAUAAUGCGUACUCGGCCGCUCACGUAGCUUCGCCCUUGACUGCCGUCUCUUCGACCCAUUCCAACGGCACUCCUGCUGUGACGCCCCCGUCGAGUUCCAUGUCCUAUACUUCUGGACAUUCGCCUAGUGCCUCUUCUUCCGGUCUAUCUCCCUCAACGCGCCAUAGCUCGGCCACGUCAGCGUUAUACCCGACUCUUCCUGCUGUCACAUCCGGCUACCCCGGCCAAUCUGCAACAUCAACUCUCGGCCCUACAUUUGACCCUGAUCCUCGCCGUCGCUACUCAGGUGGCAUGCUGCAGCGUGCCAGCGCCGGACCCAGACUUCACCUCGACCGCGAACCCUCUACUACCCCUCGCGCGUCCGAGUCCGCUAUCUCGGCCGUCAGCUCGCCUUCCGCAGAAUCGGAGGCCAGCGCCGAGGCACGCGAGGACCAGGCAUACGAGGCGUGGCUUGAAAACGUCCGUGUUAUCGAGUACCUCCGCGAGUACGUCAUCGAUCGCAUCAAGCGCAAGGACUACGACGCUGAGUCGCCCGCGUCGGCUGCGUCUAGUGGAAGCGAGAUGGAUGUCGAUUCGCCUACGAGACCGCCGAGUCAGCCGGCGUAUCCGGCGCUACCACUAUAGCGAUGGCAAGGUAGAAGAUAUGUCAUGAGUGAUGAGUGAACAGAUAUAGGGUGUAUGGAGGAUGUACAUAGGGACCAUGGCGUUUGAUGAGAUGUACGAAGUCUGUUGAUGUCGAUCGAGCAUGCGGCACCUUUUUUUUUUUU